AUGAGCCUGACAGCUCCGGCCGGCGCCGCCCCCUCGGGCAGCCCCUUCCCCAGCCUCAACCCUGCCCUCGCCCCCCGCCCCGGCGUGCUCGGCGGAAUGGGCACAAGUCACCCCAACCACAUCUUGCUCCGACCAUCUCGGUCCGUGAUGAAAGGCCGAAGUUGUCCUCUUCUGAAGCAGUCGCCCUGGAGUAAUCAGAGUAGCGGCUGGAGCACAGGAAAUAUAUCCUGGGGAGGAAUGCAUGGCAGAGACCAUCGUAGAACUGGAAACAUGGGAAUUCCAGGAACUAUGAACCAGAUUUCUCCUUUGAAGAAGCCCUUUUCUGGUAAUGUCAUAGCUCCUCCUAAAUUUACUCGCUCCACUCCAUCACUGACACCAAAAUCGUGGAUUGAAGACAAUGUUUUCCGAACUGACAACAACAGUAAUACUCUUCUCCCCUUGCAGGAUCGAAAUAGAAUGUAUGACAGUCUGAAUAUGCACUCUUUGGAAAACUCCCUUAUUGACAUUAUGAGAGCAGAGCAUGAUCCACUUAAAGGUCGUUUGAGUUAUCCACAUCCAGGGACCGACAAUCUUCUAAUGUUAAAUGCGAGGAGUUAUGGGCGAAGACGAGGCCGUUCUUCCCUCUUCCCAAUAGAUGAUGGUUUGCUGGACGAUGGUCAUAGUGAUCAAGUUGGAGUCUUGAAUUCACCAACCUGCUAUUCAGCUCAUCAGAAUGGAGAACGAAUUGAGCGUUUUUCUCGGAAAGUGUUUGUUGGAGGUCUUCCACCAGAUAUUGAUGAAGAUGAAAUUACUGCUAGCUUCAGACGAUUUGGGCCUUUGGUAGUAGACUGGCCUCACAAAGCAGAAAGCAAGUCCUAUUUUCCACCAAAAGGUUAUGCAUUCCUCCUGUUCCAAGAAGAGAGUUCUGUUCAGGCCUUGAUUGAUGCCUGUAUUGAAGAAGAUGGAAAGCUCUAUCUAUGUGUUUCCAGUCCUACUAUCAAGGACAAGCCAGUUCAAAUCCGUCCCUGGAAUCUAAGUGAUAGUGACUUUGUGAUGGAUGGUUCCCAGCCGCUUGAUCCUCGAAAAACAAUUUUUGUUGGAGGAGUCCCUAGACCGUUAAGAGCUG